AUGGCUCCGUCGCCGGCCCCUCACGACCGGCCUGCUUACGCUGAGCUGGCUCCUGCCACAACCGCUGCAAGUGCCUCGACAAAUGCCGGUGCUGCAGCCGCCUCGCCUUCCAUCCAGCGCACAUCAGCCCUCUCGGCCACCCCGAACACCCACGCUCACAAUACCUAUGCCAACGCUCCCUCUGUACAACGGCCAAGCAGUCAGAGCCCUACUCGUCCAGCGACUCAACAGCAACCCAAAUCCUCUCCUCCAAGCGGUCUGCGGAAUGUGUCAACCAAUUCCGCGCCCAAGAUCAUCGUAAAGAAGGAGCCAGGAUCCCCAGAGAACACCAUCCCGACCACCCGCCAUCGCCCGCGAAAGCUGGAUCUCUCCAAGAACACCUUCCAGGGCUCGGGUGCGGCAACCGCGCGACCAGCGUUGGGCGCAAGGGACGGACUCGGCAUUCAGGAAGUGGGCCUUGCUUGUCUAUCGCCAGGCUUCGUCACACAGGACCCGAUCAUGAAGGAACAUCUACAGCAGAGCUUGAAUGUCAGAGAGCAGCAACGGCGCAUCAUCGAGGCGAGGCUGCAGCAACAAUCUGCAAAGGGCGACGGUCCCGAAAACGGCAAGGACAGGGACUCUCUCGGCCAGUUCGCCGUAAAGACUCCGGGCAUGUCAAGACGAAACAAGGCUCCUCCUGGACUCAGCAUUGUCGCGCCAUCCCACGAGCAAUUUGCCAAUGAACGGGUCAUCCAGUCCGCCCCUUUGGGUCAGACCUUCACCGGCCGACACAACCCGCACCCUUUGACUCGACACUUGGCUCACCAACCCUCAAACCUAUCGAGUACCUCACACAUUCACCACGUCCCUGCCAACCAGACUGCCAACCGUCUGCCACCCAUAUCUGACGUCUUCGCUAGCCAAGGCCUUCCUCAGCACGCCGAGCACAGUGGUCGUGCUUUGUAUCCACCUAACUCCAGCCACGGUCCCUUGACAUCGCCCGGCCACCCCCCGCAAGCGCCUUCUCAAACGCCCAUGUCGGGUCGUCCGAGAGAGUACAGGUCCGCAGAGGAAGCACAACAAGACAUGUCCGGUGGACGACCGGAAUUGUUGCCGAAGCUCGUGCACUACACGGGCCAUCAGCCACCAACCCCGCCAUCGCCCCGCAACGGGCCACCCCCCUACGACGAAUAUCGCAGUGCCAAUAAGCGACGCACUCGAGCCGAGUACGAGGAGGGUGGCAGCCCACCGCUCGGUCAUGGACCAUCAGCGACUCGACGAGGACCAUUCGGAUCUGGCCGCGAUAGUCCAGAGACACAACGACAGAAGCGCGAUGAGUUCCUGCGGAUAUGUGAGAGAGCCUGGGAUCUGUUCCACUCUUGA